AUGGUCAACACCUUGGCAUUACUGUUGUCCUCUGAGGAGCGACGAAGAUCACGUUAUGCCGUAGAGACUUUGUCUAAUGACUCUGAUUUGUACGAUUCUGAUCUGUUUGUUCAAGGCUUGCUUAAGGUGCUUACUAGAGCUAGCUUCUUUUUGUCAAUCAAUAGUUGCGGUUACACUAGACGUUUCAGAGCUUCUCAUGGCGAAAUGGCUUUGGUUGGGCUCAGUCUAGGUUGUGAUCGACGUCAUGCUUGCGUUUACACUCUGAUAAAUUACCCCAGCGAAAGAGAAAACGUUGCCUCGAUUUUGCAACUAAAGAAAAUAAGCUGUUGACUUUUUUGACGUUUUAAAAGUUUACUAAAACAGUUCUGAGUGUUGAAAACUAAAGCUGGUGUUAUGUUCGGGACCAUUUUGCCAGCUAAAGAUUUCUGAAACGCGAGGCGUUUUAGCAACUAGUUGUUGCCCAUGUUUCUAAUUCUUGUAUGUUAAAUGAAAUCCCAGGAAAUAAAACAAGACGGCGCCGACGGCGUUUGACACGGUAGGCCUCAAGAGUGAACAGUUUUAUCGCUUAAGAACGAAUUAUCCGGGUUCCUAAUAGAUUCUGCCUUUUUACAAGGCGAGAAGUGGAAUAUUUAGGAAAGAUGGUGUGAGACUGCAUGGGACUGUUUUUAUGCAAGGUUGCUCCCCCUUUCCCCCAGAAACGCCUGAUACUCAGGCUCGGAUUAAGGGAUUUAGCGAAACUUUGGGUCGGGACGACAGCAUUAAAGAACCCUCCCUCAUAAAUACCUUCAAAUUAUGGGAUCAUGUCUCUUUGUACAUUAGAGCACCAAGGAUCCUUUCAGUCUUCCAGUUAAAGGAAUCAUCACCAGUAGCCUUCCCAGCACUCUGGUUGACCUGGAUACAGGUGAAGUCAAACAGACCUGCCCCUUUAACCAACAUGUGGUCAUAAGAAAAGAGUUCAUUGACAUUGAGUUGGCGCUGCUGCUAGAGGAGGCGGAAGAUGCUCCAGUAUUCCCUGCGCUGUGAGUACUUAAAAAAAUCUCUUCUUGACACCGUGCGACCUGAGCAUCGAUUUGUCUUCUUCUUGGUCAAUCGAGUAGGAGAAAAAAAGGCUCUGAGGGAAUCCCGUCAAACCUUUGAAAUCGCCAAAGCCCGAACUUCUGGACUAGUCAAUUCUGUUUUCCCUGAAACAAGUUUUUCGAGAGCGAGCAUUCGUUUAUUGAUACUGAUGAUCAUAACUGAUGUUUUCACUUUUCACUGGCGUAAAUGAAACUGUGUAUUUUUCUUUAUUCAAGGGGUUUAUUUCACAACUCAGAAGAAGCUGGUAUGCUGGUACAAGCGUUCUUGCAUGAUGUAAGUAACAAUUACACAAGAAUAGGAACCAAAUAAGAACGGCGCGCCUGUCUCCCUCUCCUCGCGCCGUGUCCGAUGGAUAGCUUUAUCCAACGUUUGAACAACCCAGGCAUGGUCUAUAUGCCGGAUAGCUAUAAGCAAUAGAAAUGAAUCAAUGAUGGUGCAAUUUCUUUUUCCUUCUCUCUCGUAAUCGACCUUCCAAAAGACUACGCUGUUGUUUAUGAUUACCGAGGGUCUUGCUCGUUUAAAGCCCUUGAAAUCUGGCAGCCUGCUAGGGUGGAGGUUUUGUUUGGCCAACGUAGAAAUGAGUGGAAAAGCCAGAAAAACGCCCAUUUCUCUGUCUCUCUCUUUUUCGCCCCUUUCUACUAUCGGCUCAUUUACGCGCUUGGCAGACAAGCUAUGAAGCUGGAAGCAAAGCUAAGCCUAGCUGGCCUUUCAGUUCAUAAUGAUUUACAGUUAGUGGUAGCAUACUACAAGCUUUAAUUAUACACCAAACCCUUGAUACCCAUACUACCAUGAAUGAUAUCUAUCAUGACAAGCCCUAAGUUAUUCAGUAGUUGAUCCACUGUUUGAUACUUACUUUUGUAUAUCUGUUCACUUCACAGCUCAAUCUCCUUCCUUACGUUUGCGGUGUCCGCGAGGGAUUCAUCGAUAAUUUCCUGCGUCUCCUUGACAGAAAAGCUCUGGCACUCAUCAAAUACGUGGAAGCUAAAACGUAUGUAUAA